AUGGCUUUUAGUAUACUAGAGAGUGAUCGAAUAGACCGUUACGAGUUUGAAAUUUUCAUUGGGCAAAUUAAUUUUACGGGAUUUAAUGAAGAAGCAGAAAACUGCAAUGCAAAUAACCAAAAUGUUUUAGAUGAAUCUGGUUCAAAAAAAGAAGAAGUAUCAAGUCAAAAGUAUACUAUAAAGGCAGUGUUGGAUAAUAUAUUUCAACUGAACAUAUCCAAUUAUGAUAAAACCGAGGAAGAUCCCGAAGACCAAUGCUUAACAUAUUAUGAUGAUUUUGAAUCAAAUGAGUCGCUUACUGAUAUUGUUAAACAACUUACCGAACGGUAUUCUGUUAAUGAAAAACCCAGUUGUAAUGCGCAAAAUAUUUGUUUUGACAUCACGUACAAAGAGAGUGACAAAGCGGCUAUUUCCAUAAAGUCCACUAUAAAUAGAGGCGUGAUCUGUAUUUUUGCCUGUGUACCUAGGACAUUAAUAACAAUUUUACAAAAGAACCCUUUGGAAUUAAUGAUUUGUGAAGACUUACAAGACAGUCAAAUACAAUUAGGCACUGUGUCCUUCAUGCUCAGCAGUUCGUUGGGGUUUACUGGUGCAAUAUGUAACCAUUUUUAUGAAAAAGGUUACGAUCCAUAUGCACAUACUGUCGAAAACGUAUACGAUGUGAAAAAUAUGGAUGGUAGUCAGACCAUUGGGGAUAUGUUUGUGCGUUUGAAGCUGACGUGUCACGGACCCGAAACAAUGCAAGUCAAUCAAAUUGUAUUAAAAUCAGACCAACCGGAACUACAACCCAUAUUCAACGAUAGCGAUUCAUUUGACUUUCAUUUUGAUAAACAUAUCAUCCAAUCUCCGCCAACGAUGAUGUAUGACAGUAUAAAUAAAUGUGUGGGGAAAAUUCAAGUAUUUAACCCUGAAACAAGAGAUCUCCUCGAUUGCCAAAGGAACCAAGAAGUAAAAGAAAAUAAACCAUGCGUUUGUCCUUGUAAAGGAUUAAUAGGAAAUGUACAAAAAGUUUUGUUGGACGGUACAAAACGAUUUCACGCCUCGAUGUGUAAGUCAAACCUAGAAGUAAACCAAGCCUGCAGCAGUGUUAAAACUUGUGGAUCAGUGCAUUCAGCCAAAGUAGAAAACUGCAAUGAUUGUACGGAGAAGAAAUCAAGAUAA